AAAGCAAGUUGGCCUUCGAAACGUCACUACGAGAGGCACAUCCUAACUCGUCGGCCCAUUGUGAUCAGUUGUAGCAUACCAUGAUCAAUGCGCGCUUCUGAUACUGCGUAAGAGUCCUUCCGAGAGGCUACUCCACCACUCUUCCAACUCCGAAGCUUGGACGCCAAUACUCGCGACCACUUUCGACAAAGGGAAUUGCGUCGGACCACUGUGUUCUUCCGAAUCGCUACACAAAAGUCGCGCCAUGUCGAAAACUGCUGCAUUGCCUGUCGUUGAUGACGAUGCUCUCAAUCCAAAGGUCGCCGUCUCAUGUCUUGAUUUCCUUCUCAUCGAGCUUGUGCCUCUAGCACAGCGCAUGGCAGAGGGACUGCAUGCUCGCGAGCAAGCACUGGUCGAUGAAUUUCAGCAAAGCAAGAUCUUCAACAACCGAGAUGCUACGGCGUCUGCGACGGACGAGAAGGCGGGCACCUCAACAACUCAGGGCGAAGCAGGACCCGCGCAGAAUUCAGGCACUGCUUUAGGACCUAGCGGGAUGAGCGGUGAGAUUCGGGAUGCAGUGUUCUGGCGAUUGGAUAAUUUAGGAUAUCGGGUCGGGCAGGGUCUGGUUGAGCGAUUUUCGGUCAACAAACCUCGACCUCAGUCGCCCCUCGAUGCUAUCAAAUUCGUUUGCAAGGACUUGUGGAUUCUGCUUUUCCGCAAGCAAAUUGACAAUCUAAAAACGAAUCACCGAGGGGUGUUCGUCUUGACCGACACCAGGUUCCAGCCCAUCAGUCGAAUGAGUGUGGACAAACGCGGCGGUGCCAAGGCUGUUGAAGUGGCACUCGCGCGCGCACAAAUGUUCCUCUACUUUCCAUGCGGAGUGAUUCGCGGUGCGCUCGCUGGGCUGGGCAUUGAAGUAACGGUGACCGCUGAAACGAUUGAGCUGCCCGCUGCUGUCUUUCAGAUCAAGACCAAGGGCGCCAAGGCAUGAGCGACCUCAUGAUCGCACGACCACUAAAUUCCAAAUAGGUAUGCCUCAACAAGCCGUGGGAGCGAGCUGCAAAAGCGUGGCACAGCCGCGGCAGUGUGCUCGAGAGCAGACAUGUCGGUGCGCAGCAUUCGACAGCAUCUACAAUUUUUGAAAGGAACCGCAC